AUGGGGGACAGCCAGAGACCGUCGGAGGUGCCUACCAUCGCUCUCAAUGUGCCACCGCCCUCCCACCUGGCGGAGGAGAACGGAAGCAGGGGACCUGAGCCGCGCCACACCAUGGGUAGCCCCGAGGAGCCGGACGACCCCUACUACAGACUGCCGCCCACGAGCGUGCGCUGUCCCGUCUGCAGGGUGGGCACGUUGAAGAACCGCUUCACCGGCUGCGGUGUCUUCCUCGGCGUGCUCCUGUUCCCGCUGGGUCUGGUGCCUUGCUUCCUGAUGCGUGAGCGGCGCUGUAAUCACUGCAAACACCGACCGGGUGCCGAAGAGGAGCCCUGGCCCGAGUGA